GGCAAUUACGGCAAGCCAGGGAGCGACCUGCCCCGGGGACGCUGGCACAUCCCGGGCAGCCACCGCCGGAGCGGGCGAGCGGCCCCGUGUCCCCCCUCCGGCAUGGACCCCGCGGUGCCCAAGGCCACCCUGAAGGUGCUGGGACUGUGCGCGGCGCUGCUGGUGCUGGUGGCGGCGGUGACGGUGGCGGUGGCGGUGAUGGUGUGGCGGUCGGAGGCGGUGGGGAAGUUGCGGGGCUGCCGGGAACGGGCGGCCAACGAGAGCCGGGAGCUGGGGAACCGCCUGGCCGAGCUGGAGCGGGAGCGAGCCCGGCUGCAGCGCGCGGCGGCGGUGGGCGAGCGGGCGGAGGACGCCCUGCGGCGGGAGCUCGCCCAAGCUCGCGGCGACGGCAAGAAGCUCAACGCCAGCUUGGCGUCAUGCCGGGAGCGGGCGGCCAGGCUGGAGGCCAACGCCACGGCGCUGCGGGACGAGGUGGUGGCCCUGCGGCGCGAGCGGUCUGAGCUGGCCCGCGGCAAGGCGGCACUGCGAGGUGAGCGAGCCCCCUCUGGCCAUGGCAGCCCUCUGGCCACCCCCAGCGAGGGGACACGGGUCCCCUGCCACCCCCAAGGAGCCCAUCCGGGGGUCACGCCCUUUGAGGGGGGCAAUGCCCGGCGGGGGUGGGCCGGGGUUUGGGGUGCAGGGGUGACACCGCUGUCCCCUUCGUCCCGCAGAGGAGGUGGCGCGGGGCGAGGAGCAGGCGCGGGGGCUGCGGCAGCGGCUGGAGGAGGCAGCGGAGCAGCGGCGAGCGCUGCGGGCACGCGGGGAGCAGUGCGAGGCCCGGCAGAGAGAGCUCGAAGCCACCCUGUAAGGUCCUUGUCCCCCCACCCCCGGAGCAUCCACCAACCCCCCCUCCCCACCUCCUCAAAACCAACCCAGCCCGACCCCAGCCCCUCCACCCUCCCUGCCUUGUCCUUCCUUCCCCAUGGGGACCCUCCGGCCCCCCAUCCCGGGGACAGGGAGACCCCCCUCUGUCACGCGUCUGCGCUCUCCCGCAGGCGGGACUACGCGGCCGAGGUGGACGCGCUGCGGCGGCGGACGAGGGACCGAGCGACCGGGCGCAGGUGCCCCCAAUCCCGGUAUUUUUGUGGGUGCCCCCUGUCUGCACGGCGGGGGGGGUGUAUGUGUGUGUGUGUGUGUGUUGGGGGGGAGCAGCCCGGGGAGGGGGCUUCGCCGGUGCAGCCAGCCCGGUUGCUCGCACGGGGACGCUUCCCAGUGCGUGCCAUCGUCACCGGUGUCCCCAGGGGAGCAGGACACGGUGGCUGGGGGCGGGGGGGACUCAAUCCCUUCCCUCCCCUCUUUUUGCAGGAAGGGCUGAAGCCCCCCAGCCCCCCAGCCUGCCGGUGGGCCCCCCCACCCGCCGAGCCCAUCAUUCCCAGUCCCACAGCGCCCCUUAGCACUGGGAGCCAGCAGCGGCUCGGCCCCGGCCGCCUCCGACGGGGACCGGCCCCUCGGGGUGACCGAUGCCGGUGGCCACCUCGUGUCCCACCCUCCUGUCCCCAUCCCGCUGGCCCGUGUCCCCAUCCUGCUGGGUGUCCCCACGCUGCCGCCGCCGCAGGAGGACGGAGGGGUCGGACGUUCAGCUUUUUGGGCAGAGUUUUAGCUCAACCGAAGGACGGUUUCCUCACCGACUCCUCAAGCAGCUCCGGGCUUUCAUGCCGCUUUCCCAGGGCGCUCCAGAAACUGGGAAGACUGGGCAGGCUUUUGGGCAAUAAAGGCCACUCUGCUCACCGGGAUGUCUCCCCGUGCCACCAGCCCGGCUGUCCCCCUCUUCCCAGCCGUCCCCCUCUAAGCUCAGCCAUUCCCCCGUCCCCAAGCCCAGUCAUCCUCCACUAAGCCCAG